AAUCCAAAUUAUAGAGUGACUCAUCUCUCUCUCUUCAACAGUUCUCUCAUCACCGAGACACCAAUUUUUCUCUCUUUCUAUUUUUAUCUCCUUUCUUUUUCGUUUCUUGUAAUAAUUACACCAAAAACAUAUAUAUAUAACCAAAAAACAAUGAACAAAAGAGGAAAACAAAUAAUGUCAAGGCUUCACGUUGAUCAACUUGACCAAUUAAGGAAUAUAUUUUCAAGAUUUGACAUGGACAAUGAUGGUAGCCUUACUCAUUUAGAGUUCGCCGCACUAUUACGUUCAUUAGGGCUAAAGCCCAAUGGGGACCAAAUCCAUGUUCUAUUUGCCAAAAUGGAUUCUAAUGGAAAUGGGUCUGUGGAAUUUGAUGAACUUGUCAAUGCAAUUACGCCUGAUUUUAUUAAUGGAGAAGUUUUGGUAAAUAAGGGACAGCUUUUGGAAGUUUUUCGAUCGUUUGAUCGCGAUGGAAAUGGGUACAUUACGUUGGCGAAGCUGGCAGGAUCAAUGGCUAAAAUGGGUCAGCCAUUGUCGUAUCGCGAACUAACUGAGAUGAUCAAAGAGGCUGAUGUUGAUGGAGAUGGUGUUAUUAGUUUUAAUGAAUUUGCAACUGUAAUGGCUAGGUCUGCGGCAGAAUUUCUUGGAGUUCCUAUUUUAUAGUCUUAUGAACUAAGGUCGAUUUGUUCAUUACUCCAUUAUUUUUAUCAAUCAAUCAGCUCAGCUGUACAAAUAUCAUAAUUUUCUGCAUAUCAAUGUAUAUUUUAGACUUUGUUUUCCUUUCCCUCAAAUUUCACAAAACUUCCUGCGUAGAGCAGUCAGCUUAUCUAAUUCACAGGGCAAGACAAUACAGGGGAUCGAUCAUCUUCGGACUCCGAUUACUUCAAUCUUCAUCAUCUUGCUAACGCAAAUAUAAGAUACAAAAUUUGGUGACUAACUUCCGAUUACUGGAAACCCCACCAAGGCUUUCCAAUUAAAAUAAUCAAGUCAGUUUCACAGUUCAUUACCCACCAAUAGGAGUAUACAAGCACAGCAGGUGAGAUUAAUUAUUAGAAAAUGAUAACAGGUUGUCAUGUUAUAGAAAGACUAAUAGCAGCAAAUCAUAGUACAAGGGACUCCAGC